CAAGUAGGGUAUAUCCAGAAUUAAUAAUAAAAUAAAGCUAUUGCAUAAUAAUAAUAAUAAUAAUAAUAAUAAUAAUAAUAAUAAAACACUUCAUCAGUAUAAACAUUUCUCCCACAAGUCCCGCGUGCUUCUUUCGGCUCGCGCCAAUUAGGACAGUCCGAAACUUUAGCUAAUUAGUGGAGAGGAGAGAGCGCGCGCGCGCGCACACACACACACACACACACACACAUUGGCGUGCGCGCGGCAGUGGGGGACCGGAACUCUCCUUUAAACCCGCGACACGCCUCCGGCAUCACCGGGUCGAUGUACAGAUGUGAAGGUGUUCACACACACACACACACACACACACACUCGGGGCCGUCGCUCUCCCUCCCACUCCGUUAUCGCUCUCCGUGUUUUAUGUCUGCGUCACAACAAGUCGCGAGAGAGAGAGAGAAAGAGAGAAAGAGAGAGAGAGAGGCGGAGAUGAUGGCGUCUCUGGCGGGCUCCACUGUCUCUGACAGCCGCGUUUAAUAACAUCAGCGGGAGACGGGAAAAAAAAGCACGGGAACAUGACGAAACGGCGCUCGCGCAGGACGGCCGGCGGCGACACAGACGGACGGACCAAGCGCGCGACCGCUCACUGACUGACACUGACGCGUCCAGGGGUUUCAUUAUUUUAUUUUAUUUUUUUUUGGGCGAGCGCGCGCGCGCGCGUGUGUGUGUGUGCGUCCAUCAUAAAUCCAUAUCGCCGACAGUAAUUGUGAGGCGCGGCGAAAACAUCACAGCGGGAAGGUCGGACGUUUCAUGUCAAGCUCGCGCGGCGGGCUCGGUGACCCCGCGCGACUUUCCAGGAUGGGUGUGGUCACUGAGGGAGAAGACGUCUUAGCGCGAUGGAGUGACGGACUUUUAUACCUAGGCAACGUCAAACGAGUAGACGUCGUCAAACAGUGUUGUUUGGUCAGGUUUGAGGAUAAUUCCGAGUUCUGGGUCCUCAGGAAAGACAUUCACUCAUUCUCAGCCAGUGGAGAGGAAGUGUGUUGUGUCUGUGACGGUCCUCCUCUUAAAGAGCCACUCAUAAACUGUCUGAAAUGCCGCCACUGUUAUCACGCUCAGUGCCACACUCCGGCCGUCGACCCCGAGGUGGACAGCGACUCCUGGAUCUGUCGCCAGUGCGUGUUUGCCGUCGCCACCAAGAGAGGCGGAGCUUUAAAACGAGGCCGCUUUGCUCGACUCAUGCAGUUGAUGAAGUUGAGGCUGCCCUAUCAGCUUUCCACGCUGGACUGGGACGCUCAGCAUCUGACCAAUCAGCAGCAGUGUUACUGCUACUGCGCCGGACCAGGAGAGUGGAACUUGAAGAUGCUCCAGUGUGGCAGUUGUGGCCAGUGGUUUCAUGAAGCCUGCACUCAGUGCCUGACCAAACCUCUGCUAUACGGAGACAGGUUUUAUCACUUCCAGUGCUCAGUGUGUACGAAUGGACCUGAGACCAUUCAGAGACUUCCCAUGACCUGGGUAGAUUUGGCCCAUUUGGUGCUGUAUCAUCUGUCCCUGUGCUGCAAGAGGAAAUACUUCGAUUUCGAUCACGAAAUAAUGGCCUUCACCAACGAGAACUGGGAUUCCUUGCUGUUAGGCACGUUGUCGGAUACACCUAAGCAAGAUCGCUGCCACAAUCUGCUCAACGCGUUAAAUUCCCACAAGGACAGGUUCGUCUCGGGGAAAGAGAUCAAGAAGAAGAAGUGUCUUUUCGGUCUUCAGGUGCGAUCUCCGCCGCCGCUGUCGUCCGAUUCCUCACCUCUCAUCACCGAGCAGCCCAUCAACAUCACGCACCGCAAAAGCCCGCUGUCACUGCCGUGCCAGAGACGACCGGUGGGCUCCGAGUCUCGCAAAUCAAAGCGGCGCAUCGUCGAGACGCUCCAGCAGCCGUGUCCACCUGCUAACCAGAUCAAUCUUGUGCCAUGUUGUCACGGGUGUGUGAACGGCGCGAGCGUCUACAACUCCCGGAAAUCCGAGGAGGAAUUAGCGCUGGGGUCGCCCCCCAAGAGAAUGUUCCCUCUGUAUCACCCGUCGUAUAACGGAUCUCAGGGUCUGCCUCGAACUCUGCAUCACUACAGCGCCGAGGACCCUUGUCGACUUCCUGCGCCCUGUCUCCCCUUCUCCAUGUCGUCCGCUCACCCACCAGGGCAGAGGUUUGAGCAAUGCCCAUCUCUGUUCCUGCACGACGUCGCCCCCUACCCCAACGGAGUGAGCUUGGAAGGGCACACGGCGGCACGAGGCUGGGGCGGAGGCGAGGCGGUGAGGAUCCUGGCCAGACGCAUCACGCCGGACGGAAAGGUCCAGUACUUGGUGGAGUGGGGAAACGUGAGAGUUUAUUAGAAAGAAAACAAACAAAACUGCCGACGUUUCAGCAGAAAAAAACAAAACGAAACGACACGAAUCCAGGUCGAGGCUCGACAGCGACUUCGUUCUGUGGGAUUAAACUGUUAGAAAUAAUCCCUCCCUCCUUUUCUCCUUUCCACGGCGUCUCCUAUACUUUGAAUACUGUUAGAAAACACCUUUAGAAUGCCUUGAACUUUACUAUCCUGAUUUGUAUCAUAUAUAAUAUAAUAGAUACGUAUAUCCAUGUUAAUUACAUGUCUGAAUUACCUGAGUUUUUUUGUUUGUUUGUUUGUUUGUUUGUUUUUUAAAGAGAGAUUUAUGGCAAGGUCAUAAAUGACAUCAGUAUUUGUUAACGAUACCGUAAGAUGAAAGAAGGGCAUCAUGGGUAACUUCUCAUGAUAUUGGUUAUGAUGAUUUACCUCUUAUUAUGCAAGUUUCAUUUUAUUUGAUUGAUUGAAGAGAAGAGUUCAUGGGAAAUUGUGUUGUAGCACUCCUCUUUUAUUCUCUUUUUAUUCAAAUGAUAUUAUUUUGGUGUUAAAUAUAUAGAAGUUUACGUUUACGAGUGUAUUAUACGUAAGUGCGUUAUUUUGUUUUAGGUCAGGUCCGUAGUGAGGAAAAACAGCAGAAAAUGUUUCCUGAUUGAUCGUUUUAAAAUCCCGAUAAUAACUCCGGGUUAAAUCAAAAUUAGGUCAAAUUGUUCAUUUCAAACAUCGCAGACUGUUGUGUAAACACAUUUAAACCAUUUAUUACUUAGGUUUUUAUAUAUGAUCUCCAUAAAUAAGUGCAUACUGAAUAAAAAACGGAAACACUGAAAUGAACGCAAUCGGUUUUUAAAUCACUUUGAACGUUACGAUGUGAUUAAACUAGCGCUAAAUAGUUCACUUCAUUUUUUUAAACUUUUUAAAAAAUUUCAUUUCAAUUCAAUUACAAUCGUAGUUUUACGUAGCUUUUUAAAGUUCAUUUUAAUUUUCAAAUUUAAUGUCCGUUUAAUUCCUUUUUUUUUUUUUUUAAAUAUAUGAAUUGGAAUUAUUGAAGUUAUUUAAUCGUUUAAGUAGCCAUAUAGUGUAUAGUUAAUACAUUUCACGUUUGAUAUUUUUUAUUUAAACUUCAUUUAUGUCUUCAUUUAAGUAGCUGUAUAUAGUUAACUCAGUUUUUCAUUUUCAAUUUAAACGAUCGCAUAAAACUUCAUUUAUGUGAACGUUUAAGCAAACAUUUUUUUUAUUAUUAUUAUUUUUAAAAUUUAAUUUAAAAAAAAAAAUAAUAAUAAUUUUUUUUGGUCUCAAAUGAGUCACGUGUCCUGAUGUAACUCCUGUAGAAGAAAUGCUACGUGCCAGGAUAUUUCCUAACUAAAUAUUUCCUCAGAAAUACAAGAACGUCCGCACGAGAACGAAACAGGCCCAGGAAUGUAACGAGUAGCGUCACAUGACCCCGACGUUCACGCGUGAGGUAACAGGUCGGUUCUAGUUCUGUGUUAAACUUUAGAAAGAGAUUAGCGACGAAACAUUUCUCUCCGAACGGGAGACCGAAGUCUGAGCUUAGCCUGAGAAAGAACUGACCGUCAUUAGUGGAUGAAAAAUGAAUGUAUUUCAAUUAUUUAUUUAUUUAUUUAUUUAUUUUAAAUUGUGAUCAAUUAUGUACACCACCUGUGAAGUGUUUUAAUGUCAUACACGGAAAAAUCAAUUCAGGGUCAACUCAAGGGACAAAACUAGUGGACUGUACUUCAAACCCCCGCCACCCCAA